CAGUCGCUCCUUGUGUACCUCACACACUCUCAGCCUCUGCGCAUCAUUUAAGGGGAGACCCGCUGCCGCUUCGCUUCGGUCAGACUCGCCGCCUGGCUGCUUCAGUGUAACAACACAGCGCGCUUCAACGUUACUCCACCGCUUCUUUUUUUUUCUUUUCUUUUCUUUUCUUUCUUUCUUUUUUUUUUUUAAGCCUCCACCCUUUCAUUUUUUAAAUUCUUAUUCUAUUUCUGCAUCCGAAGCCCGUCACUCAACUUAAACCGCCGCCGUAUGGGAAAAUACGGGACUGCCAGGCGCAUUUAUCCCCUCCUGCCCAAGAGGAAGCGCGCGAUGGAGACCGUUUGAGGACUAAAAAAAAAAAAAAAAAAAAAAAUGAAAGCAGCCGUGCUCCGUGGACGUGCAUCAUGAGAAUACUACAACUACCAACAAGGGAGGACCUGGCAUUGACCGCUGUGUCUAAAUGAAGUGGUUCAGCCAUGCAAUGUUCCUGGAAGGCAGUGAUUCUACUGGCCUUGGCCUCCAUUGCCAUCCAGUACACGGCCAUCCGGACACUCACCUCCAAGCCUUUCCAGCUGUGCCCGCUGCCCAGCCCCCAGAACUGUGGUCUGGGGGGCCAGGAGACAGACCCUCCCUUUGAGCGGGGAGCAGCGGGCGGUGGGGGCUGCGAUGACUACCCUUACUUCUCCAUCAAUGCCACGCGCAAAACGCACAUCCUGGUCCUGGCCACCACCCGUAGCGGCUCCUCCUUCGUUGGCCAGCUGCUCAACCAGCACCAGGAGGUUUUCUACCUGUUCGAGCCUCUUUAUCACGUUCAGACGACGCUGAUUCCGCGCCUGUCGCACAGCCGCAACGCCGCAGACCGCCGCGUGAUGCUCGGCGCCAGUCGAGACCUCCUGCGCAGCCUGUACGGUUGCGAUCUCUACUUCCUGGAGAGCUACAUCAAGCCGACGCCGACGAACCACACCACAGAUAAACUGUUCCGUCGGGGGGCCAGCCGAGCGCUGUGCCAGCAACCGGUCUGCGAUGCCUUCGGCCCUGCCGACGUUAACGUGGAGGAAGGGGACUGUGUGAAGAAAUGCGCGUCGCUAAACAUGACCUUAGCGACGGAAGCGUGCCGUGAGAAGAGGCACGUGGCGAUCAAAAUCGUCCGGGUGCCAGAGAUCGGAGAUCUACGCGCCUUGGUGGAAGACCCACGGCUGAAUAUCAAAGUGAUUCAACUUGUCAGAGACCCGCGUGGUAUCCUGUCAUCACGGAUCGAGACAUUCAGGGAUACAUAUCGGCUGUGGCGUAUAUGGAGGGCCACAGGGCGGAGGCCCUACAAUCUAGACUUGAGUCAGCUCACAGUUGUCUGUGAAGACUUUCUCAGUUCUGUUUCAACUGGUCUCAGCCAUCCCUACUGGCUUAAAGGGAAGUACAUGUUGGUUCGUUACGAGGAUUUGGCGAGAAAUCCUCUUCUGAAGACAAAGGAGAUCUAUGACUACCUGGGGCUGCCUUUGGAUAAAAAUGUAGAAGACUGGAUACAUGCAAACACUCGGGGCAGCAACGAGCCCUCAGCAAAACACAAGUUUGGCACUGUGAGGGACUCGGCAGCUAACGCUGAGAGCUGGCGUUUGAAACUGUCUUAUGACAUGGUAGAAUACACACAGACUGUUUGUCAGAAAGUACUCCACCAGCUGGGAUACAAGGCUGUGAAAUCAGUAGAGGAACUGAAGAACAUGUCCCUCUCACUGGUACAGGACAAAACUUUUGUACCUUUUUUGUAACAAAGAUAGUUCUCUAAUGACUAUUUUUGAUAUAUUUAUAAUUGUUGCCUUAUAAUUUCCUUAGUUGGUUGGUUUGGUUCCUGUCAUUUUAUUUCUUCAAAUUUGCACUAAACUUUAAAUAUGUUGAAUGCACCGAGGGAAGUAUGGAUGAUUCCCCCGAUUUUGCAGAACGGCACACGUUAAACGCAAAGUAAUUGAACAAAGCUAGUUUACAAAAUGUCUCAUCUUUUAGUUUUACCAUGAGUUGAACCAAGACAAAGGCACUGUCUUCAUGAAGUUCCCGUAUGCAAGCUGUCAAACGCUGCCCUUCAGACACAUGGGAUUAGAGUUUGUUUUGUUUUUGUUUUUUAGGCCUGUGAUGGCAAGAUGGCAAAUUUGGACUGUACAAGCCCUACUGUGCAAUAAAUAGUGAAUGUCGCAGUCAACCUUUACCACUAUGGCAUUUCUAUCCAUGUGGGAAGAGAAGAGAUACUGACAGAUGCCACACUUGCAAAGGAUAAUUGCAGACAAUUAAUAGGCUCUCAAGUUGAAGGGACAGAAUCCCACUGGAGGUCACAAGUGUUUCAUCAGAAGACUUAUAACCAUCUGUGACAGACAAACAGACACUAAUGACAAGUAAUGCUGAAAUUACCGUAGCUAUUUAGAGAAUACGUCCCAUUUUCGAGAUGAUUAAAGACAUUAUAGCCUGUAUAGGUUCCUAUCCAAGUAGACACUGGAGCAUUCUGAUGAAAAACUGUAUUGGUCAGUUUUAUUUAUUACGUUAUUUAUGUUUUAAUUUGUAGAGUAAUUACUCACAGUGUGACGUUUACACCGCCUUUUCUGUCUUCAAUUAAAAAAUGUUUAUGCCAUUGAAAAUAUGACAUUAACUCAUCUGUUAAAUGCUGCAGAUUUUU